GUUUGCGCGCCCAACCUAUCGAUAAGUAUCGCGUGGAAGUGCAGUGCUGUAAAGCGCCGCAAUCAAUCUGCGCGGAUCGAGUUUCUUGCGAUUUGCUUUGUUUUCUUUUUUUUUUGAAUCGGUUCGGAGACUCUGCGGUUGAGGUUUUAUUCACUUUUUAUUGACCAUGGACAACGCGAACUCAACUUUUCACAUGGAAGAGUUCGACUGGGACGCCAUCAACGUGGGCGACUACCAGUUGGAUCACUCCCAGAACUUUUUCGCACGGGCCAACAAGGAGAACAACAGGGGCCUGAGCAAUGUGAACCCCCUCCAGCUAUGCCCCUCGCCGCAAAAGAUCUGCCGGGAACAGCGCGAUAGUGACUUCGGCAAGCAGUUUAAUGCUGGGGAUCUCAAAAAGGAGUCCCCUAAAGACGUAAUAGAGGCGUCCAAAGAUCGCCCACAAUCGAUCGCCCAAAAGGCGCCCACAAUCGAAGCUAAAGUGGAGCCCCAAGAUGUGCUAAAAUCCGAGCCCAAAGCAGAGCACCCAGAGCCCCAGGAUGAUGUUAAACAAAUUGUUCCGCUCAACUGGGGCAAGGAUGGGGAUAAUGAUGAGAAGCACAUGACGGAAGCCGACCAGCACUUGGUCCGCCAGGAAGACCGUCCCGCGGGCAAGCUGCGUCUAGAGUGGUCGCCUCUACACCAACGAGAACACGAGGGAGCCGCCGUAUCUGCCGUUUCUGCCGCCCCCAAGGCCUACCAGUUUAAAGACGUGUAUGAGAGCAAGCGGCAGCAGGCGAUGCGCAAGCGCAGCGAGGAGGAAAGCAAGGCGCGCCAGUUCCACAGCCGACCCAUGCCCAACUUCAAAGCCAUGCACAAGCGCAUGAACGAGCUGGUAGUCAUCCACAAAAUCACCAUUCCACGGACGCCCGAGACGCUUAAGCACAGCCAGUCGAACGCGGAGCGGCGUCACGAUGAGGACCAGGCGCGACAUCAUCCGGCCGGCACCCACCCCAGACCCUUUCAUCUGCGCAGCGAGCAACGCGUGCGCGACCGGCGGGAGUUCGACUCCGCCGUGCAGGUCAACCUGGAGCAGAAGAAGAAGGAGCAAGACGAACAACGGAAGCGAUGCGAGCAGGAGGAGUUUAAGGAGCUGCGCAAAAUGACGGCAUUCAAGGCUCGUCCGAAUCCAUUUAAAUAGUGCUCGACGGAACCAAUCGACUACCAAACGUUUGAAAGCCCUGUCCAAAUUUGAAUGAUGUGAAGUCGAUGCUACACAUAAUCGUGUUUAUACCGAUGCA